AUGACGUCGGUCGUUAUGUCAUGCACAGACAUGGAGUUAAUGUCGGCAGCUGCCAGGAUGUAGCAGUUCUUUUAUUUCUCCACCAAAGUUUCUAAUCUUCUCAGCCUUCCAGUCCCACACGAUUUCAAUCAAUCAGCUAAAAGCCAGCCAGGAAUCGAUGUGGUAGAAUUGUGAACUGAUUACCGAUACAGAGCCAGCUAUCCUCCCGUCGCCACCCCACACCCCGACUCACGCCUCUGUCCAGACUCCACAAGCCAGCGCUCAACGGUUCACACGUCAAGACGCGGGCAAGUCCCCCUCAGGACCGAACGUCAGCGAGCGUCAAAUGCUGCACGAGACGAUGGACGUCAGACAACAGAGCUGGCGUCGCUUGCAGCGCGAGUAGUUGUUGAUGGACAUGGUGCGAGACCCUCGGCGUCGGCUGGCUUGGGAGGGAAACCGGGGGAUGACAUCAUGCUGGUGCAUGGAUUCGACGACGGAGAGGUUGGUUUGGCUGACGCUGCGAGGACGGUCUUUGUGCCGGGUAUCUGAUGCACAUGGAAAGGUACACAGUCGUGGCCUUCAGGCGAACACCAUGGCGUGAUAUAGGUGCAAGCUUUGAUCUCCACCUGCGCCGGUGUGAGCGUGCGGCCCAACGCGUGGACCUGAGUCUGCGGACCAAGUCCUUGUCCUCGCUAAGACGUGACAGGGUUCCACAUCGAUCAGAGCAGACGAGAUGAAGCACAACAAAAGCGCACUCAUCCGUCCAAAAAGACUCCCGCUCUAAGUUUUACUUAGUUUUUGCAGUGAAGACAAGUGGUAGCUCAGAUGAUGGCCAAACGAACGAGGAGAUGUGCGGGGUUGAGGUCGUUGAAGCGUGCCUGUCGCCUCCUGUUCUGGAGGGUUUGCACGCGGCGCAGCCAACAGGUUCUUGCCGUCUGCAUCGUCAUUGGCCUCUUCUUGACCAGCAUCGCCAGCAUCAGUGUGGCCUUCACUCCCAGUGGUCUCGCCGAGCGAUACCGAGCGCUGCAAACACAAGGCAGCAUGCUGACUGCAGACAACUGGCUUCAGUCUGUCUCGGAAAGCAGGCUGACCAUGAAGAAAGAACGUCUGACUGUGAACGUCGCGAAGAAAACGUCUGUACGCAUCAACGAGAGAAACCCAAGCUGGAACAUGAAGGAGAGAAAACCAUUUUGGAACUUCAAGGAGAGGAUGACGACACCCGCCGUUAGUACGACCACGACCACGACCACGACCACGACCACGACCACGGAGGACCCACUGACCGUAGCCAUCUCCCAAGCGGCCGCCAUGACGGUGGGGGACAUGGAGCAGCGCCUGGGGCAACUGCGAGACAAGAUCAGACGGGGCAAAUUCGCUAUCAAAAGCACCCAGUCGGAAACGAACAGCUCCGUAUUCUUCCACCUCUCUGACCUGGCCGCGGUGCAGCUGAACAGAUCUCGCAGGCUUCUCGAGGUCUGCGAGAAAGUUCGAAACCAAAGCCGCGCCCCCUCCAACAGUGAGGGCAAGCCCUACCACCAGGGUUGGGGGACCAAGAACAAGCUGUGGAGGUUGGUGGAGGUGUACAUUCCCCAGCACUUCCUCUUCUGUCCCGCUCUCAAAGUCGGCUCCACCUUCUGGCGAAGGUUGCUGUACGCCCUGCAGACCGGGAGGUCCAUCGCCUCCCCCUACGACAUCACCAUCAAAAAGGCUCUCGAGACCCCCCACCAGCACCUGAGUGACGUAGCGGUGGGGCUGAAGAUGAGGGUCGGCGACAGCAGCAUGACGGAGACCUUGACAGGUGACGUGGCCGUCCAGCGCUUCUUGGAUGUGGUUACCAAGGUGAUGUUUACUCGCCAACCCUACUCCAAGCUGUUGUCCGCGUACGUGGACAAGCUGUACUCCCCCAACCCCUUCUUCUGGGGCAAGAUCGGUCGCCACAUUGUCCGCAAGUUCCGGUCACGCCCGAGUGCCAAGAGCGUAGCGUGUGGUCAUGACGUCACAUUUCCAGAGUUCGUCAAGUACGUCAUCGAGAGCCAGCGGAGCGACAAGGGGAAGCGCGACGAACAUUUCAUGCCAGUCUACGAGCAGUGCAAGCCCUGCGACAUUCCCUACGACAUUAUCGGAAAGAUAGAAUCCUUCAAGACCGACGUGGCCCUCGUCAUGUCCGAGUUCGGCUUCAACCUCAGCCAGUCGACGUUCGACAGCUGGCUACAGCUGUCCGAGGUGGACGCCAUCUCCGACUCCAUUACCUCCCCGUACGGCUGGCGCCGCCACAUCGUCAAGUGCCUGUCGUGGGAGGAGGCCAACAGGAGGAUCUGGAGGAAGAUGCAGAUUCGAGGAAUCAUCGACAAGAAGGAGGAGUUCCCCCGACGCAACUUCAGCCACUUCUCCUACUCCCCCAGCAAAUUCACACAAGUGGUGCAGGAGUCCUGGGACAGGUUCAAAAGGCGCAACACUUCCAGAUCGGCGCAGAAGACAGAAGCUCUCACCUCAGCCUACAGCCUCGUCCCUAAGGAGGACCUGGAACUACUCAGAGAAUAUUAUUUAUUGGACUUCGAUAUUUUUGGUUACCCGUCCCGGCCAGACUCUGUGUUUUCGGGCCGGAAGACGUGGGACGUUUUCAAUGUAUCCUCCUGACUUGCCAUAAACUGGUUCUCUGUCUUUCUGUUGCCUUACCUGAGACAGGUGUGUGGAAAAACUUCAUGUGGUGAGGAAGUGAUGAUGUUUUAAAGGACCUUACCUUGCCUUCAACGAAAAAUGAUGAAUACAAUUCAUCUGAUAGUGUAGCAGCCGAUAAUUGGUAGAUUUUAAGUAUGGACAGAUGAAUGGGCGCACGUGUUGACCAGUUGGCAUCAGUUUGUCAUGAAGACAGAUCGACGCAAAGUUUCCGAAAAGCUUCCAGUUUUAGUAUGAAAGUAUUAAUCAGGACAAGAAUUACUGAGGUACCCCACACGCUCCCCGGUUUUGGUGUCCACAUAAUUGGAGCAAGGAUGGCUCUGAAGAAAUGAGUAGGUGGCUUUUGAACAUUAACGGUGCAGAAGAGAAUAGACUACUUCUUCCUCCAAUGUCUUGUGCAUAUCGCUUCACGAAGUUACACACAUGUACGUACAACGGCACACGCAUCCAUAAACACACAUACACACACACAAACAAGCACGCACGCGCACGCACACACACACACACUAGCACGCACGACACAUACACAAACACACUUUCGGUUGUUUAUUCCAUGGCGUUGUGCAUGUUUUUAAGGACACGUGUCACAGACACACUGGUCACAUCGUUCAACGGUGCACAUAUCUAGACAGAUGUUUAUCCGCCUUUUUGCAUUCUGGUGUGGGAUUUUAUUGUGUGUGCACGCGUGCCUUAUUGCUUUCAGAACUCAGUUUGAUCGGCGAUUUUUUUUUUUUAUAAUAACUUACAUGACACGCGAAAAUCCAUGUUUUAUUUGUUUUCUUUUUGAACGAUUUUCUUCAUCUUUCUUGAUACUAGUCAGGGACUAUUGUACACGUCUUUGUAAUAAAGAUUUGCACUAUAUACAAA